GAAAGAGCGAAACUUCUCGCAAUCGUUACCAAAUCAAAUUCUUCUUCCAGGGUUGAAUCUUCUUCCCCUCUCCUUCAUUGAAUUUUCACAUCUUUCUGCAUAAUCACGGACGGAAUCGUCCGAUCAAGACAAAUGUGGAGCAGAAUCGGAUCCAUUAGAAAUAGCUCGCUGAAAUUAGGUUUAGGAUUAGAGUUAGCGAGAAGAUGGUUGUGGAGUAGUAGCGAGACGGGACGGCGGUUCGCAGCGGUUUGGGGGAACGGCGACUAUGGCAGACUUGGGCUUCGGAGCCUCGACUCCCAUUGGAGGCCUGUUCCGCUGCUUUGUUCAGCGUUUCGGGAACAAGGCCUUCGAGCCAUCGCUUGUGGUGGUGCUCACACUCUCUUUCUAACAGAAACUGGAUGUGUCUAUGCCACCGGUCUCAAUGAUUUUGGACAGCUUGGGCUAUCUGAUGAUACAACUUAUACUACCGAGCCAGUGGAGGUUUCUGGACUUCCGAAAGAAAUUGUUCACAUCUCAGCUGGUUAUUAUCACUCUGGUGCUGUUACAGCGGAUGGAGAACUCUUCCUGUGGGGAAAGAACUCAAACGGACAACUUGGCCUAGGAAAACGAGCACCGAAGGCGGUUUCCGUACCAACUAAAGUUCAAAGCUUGAUUGGAAUGACCAUUAAAAUGGCAGCUUUUGGAUCAGAGCAUUCAAUUGCUGUUACAGAUGGAGGUGAGUCCUUGAGUUGGGGAGGAGGGGAGUAUGGAAGACUUGGACAUGGCCAUGAUUUAAGUACUUUUGGGUUCUUCAAAAACACCAGUGAAUAUACACCAAGGCUUAUAAAGGAACUCGAGGGAAUCAAGGUAAAAAGUGUUGCUGCUGGCUUGCUGCAUUCAGCAUGUGUUGAUGAAAAUGGCUCAGUUUUCGUAUUUGGAGAAAGGCCAGCAGAUAAAGUGGGCUUCAGAGAGGUUAACAGUGAAAAAAUCCCAUCCAUCGUUUCUGAACUUCCUUAUUCUGAAGAAGUUGCAUGUGGUGGCUAUCACACCUGUGUCUUGACAAGUGGUGGGGAACUGUAUACUUGGGGUUCAAAUGAAAAUGGAUGUCUUGGUAUCGGUACUACAACUGUCUUUCAUCAACCUGAAAGAGUUCAAGGUCCUUUCUUGGAGUCUACCGUUAGCCAGGUCUCUUGUGGUUGGAAGCAUACAGCAGCAGUUUCUGAAGGAAAUAUUUUCACUUGGGGUUGGGGAGGUUCGCAUGGAACAUUUUCUGUAGAUGGACAUUCUUCAGGAGGGCAAUUGGGCCAUGGAAGUGAUGUUGACUACAUAAAACCUAGAAUGAUCAAUUUUGGAGAGAAUGUGAGAGCCGUACAAGUAUCAUGCGGAUUCAAUCAUACUGGCGCCAUACUCGAACACGUCUAGAAGCUAAAAGCUUUGACUGCUUGUGGUUUGCUUCAUCUUUUCUUGCACAGAUGUAUAUCUUCUUAUGUCCAUUCUUUAUUCUUGUAACACAUUGUUUACAUGUCAUUGGACGCGGAUACUGGAAAAGUACAUAUUUUAUACCUUUCCACAAUAAUAUAGAUUACACCAAUGAAAUUAAUGUACAAUAAAAUGUCAGACACAACAAAAGGUACAAUAAGAGAUUUGAUGUUUCAAGUGCU